AUGAGGAGAAACCAACUAAUCAGCCUCGCGCUGCUUGCCCCGAGUUGUCAAGCCUACGUCUGGCCCAGCAAGUACGACCAGCUCGACGACCUACUGUAUCUGCAAUCUGGGUACAUCAGGAACGGAGAACUCUCAGAUCAGGUCCAGACCUGCUCAUUCGGCGCUCGCCAACCAGGCAUCCAAAAGGCCGCGGAAUGGGUGCGAACGAACUUCCACGACGCCGUCACCCACGAUGCCUCAACGGGGAUCGGCGGCUUGGACGCCUCGAUUCAAUACGAACUCGACAGACCAGAAAAUCUUGGUGCCGCGUUGAACAACACCCUAUCUGAUAUGGCCAGUUCAGUCAACAUCCGGAGCUCCGCAGCCGACGUUUUGGCUUUGUCAUUGGUCAUGUCUGUGGCUCGUUGCGCUGACAUGCGCGUGCCUCUACGACUGGGCCGCAAAGACGCGGCAGAAGCUGGCAUCAAAGGCGUACCGGAAGCGCACACCGACCUUGACACCACAAGGAAGAGAUUUGAAACUGCCAGUUUGACGGAGAAGGAGAUGAUCACUUUGAUUGCGUGUGGUCACAGCAUUGGAGGUGUUCACUCAGUCGAUCACCCGGAGAUCGUCUCCGGUCCCGUCACCGCCGAGAACAAGGCGACUUUCGAUACUACCAGCGGAGAGAUGGAUAACGCUGUGGUAACGGAGUACCUCAACAACUCGACAGCGAACCCAUUGGUCGUCAACGCCAACAACACUUUGAACUCCGACAAGCGCAUCUUCCUUGCCGACGACAACGCGACUAUGCGCAAGCUUGCAGACAAGGCCUACUUCAAGUCGCAGUGUGAAGCUGCAUUCGAGAAACUGAUUCACCUCGUGCCCGGAGAUGUCACACUAACGGAGCCCAUGGAGCCAGCGGACAUCCGCCCUUACAUCACAUCAUACCAACUCAAGGACGGAGCAGUCGAGUUAACAGGACGUCUUCGUGUCCGAACCACACCAGUCACCGGCCGCGACGGCAACACACUCACAGCUUCUCUCAUCCCAGUCUCGCGCAACGGCAGCACGCCCGCCGAGAUCGUCGCUAACCGCGCUACCUACAAGUUAGGAACGUCCUCUGGAUACCUAGACGAGAGAUUCCAGUGGUUCGAAUUCAUCCAGACACUCAACGCCACCGAUGCCUUCGACGCCUUCACGAUCCGCGUCAACGACGAAACUUACGACAACGGCGGCACAGGCAGCUACCCCAUCAACCCCGACGUCCUCUACCAAGAAGCGCAGUCAUGCACAGCCAAGGACACCACAACAGGAGAGUGGAAGAUGACCAUCACCGCAGCCGUUUCCAAGGCCCUCCUCCAGAGCGGUGCUACACCACAGCUCAACGUGUCGAAGAAGACCAAGGUCCAGGGCCUUGUUAUUCCUCGUCUUACACCAACGAUUGUCGAGAUGAGCCCCGCGGGCAAGGAGACUGCCGAGUAUGUGUAUUACACUGCGACGACGGUUCUGAGUGAGAGGGGCCUUGAUCCUACGUUUGAUAUAGAGGUUGGGGAGUCGAAGGUGGAGUUUAUUAGUGCGAAUGCGCUUACGCAGCAGGAGUGUGCGGCUUUGUAA